AUGACCCAAACAGGGGUAUCCGAUAACUGUCCUCGUUGGCAUUUCAGGCAGUGCGUCCUUGCAAAUAUAAUGAGCGCUGGCGAGAAAUCUUUAAAAUCAGAUUUCCCGUCAGGCGAAGAUAUAAUAAUAGCGCAAUUCAACAAAGCCCCCUCAGCUCAUGAACGAUUAGAGAUGUCAUUGUAG